AUGAUCGACACUAGCAGAACCAGCAUGGCUCCACCACCCGUGCCUUCACGGCUCCAGAAGCCCCAACCAAUCCUCAUCCCGGCUUCCCACCUUCCAUCAGAAGGCCACAGCAAGCCUCUCGUCCACUUUUUGGUCGGCGUAGUGUUGCUGCACUUCGCGUUGUCUGUUGGAGGGUUCCUUUUUCUGUACUACAAAGAAGAGCCAUAUUCAUAUCAAAAGCUUCCCUCGUUUCAAGGAAGAGUUGGUUUCUCCUCCGCAGAAAAGCAAGAAGACGCCUACAAAGCCUGGGCACGCAUGGUAGUCGAGCGGCAGUUGCUCUCUAAUCAAAUAUCAUCUGGUUACCUUCGGUGGGACAUACAGCACUCGGUUCGAAAGAGUGUCAGCCAUUUUCACAGCACCUGGCUCACCAUCCUGGAGCCCGGCGAUUACUUCGUCUACUCCAGGGUGACCUUCUCCAAAGACCACCCGAAGCUCCCGCUGGCCAGCAGGGUCAUGAUGAGGAAGACGGAGAAGGCAGAGGAGCAGGUGGUAAUGAAGGCCUACUGCAGCCUGAGCAGCAACUCGUCCAACCCGAACAUGUGCACGGCCACACAGCAGGAUCUGAUCACGCUGGAGAAGGGGAACCAGCUCAGCAUCUGGGUGCAGGUCCUCUCACUCGUGGAUUAUGAGGAGGGUGCAACCGCCUUUGGGAUUUACAAACUGUAG